AAACGGCAGAAGAAGGAAAACACCGCACGUAGCCUCUUGGAUUAAUUUAAAUGACAAGACGCCAUCCAUAAAUUCAGAGGAGACACAAGCACCGGCCAGAAUGGAUUCUUACAGACCGAAACUCUCGUCGGAAACGGUGUUUUAACGAUGUUUUCACGUCUAAGUGUCCUCGAAUAAGCGUUGUUUUUUUUUUACUCGGUAGCCGUGUUUGUGUCUUGUUGCUAGCUUAAACCGCCGUAGCGUUAGCUGUUAGGCGAAGACAAACAGCUUAUCUGUCCUGUAAAAGAACACUUGCUGUUAUUCUUGAGUUAUAUGUCUCUUUUGUGCAGGGAAAAGUUGAGCUGUGUGUGUUUUUAGUCCUUGAAAAGCUUCCAGGAUUAGUUUUAGUCACUCUGAAAGGCGUAUUGGAAACUGUAGCUCGUCCUUACUGGCAAAAACAAGUAGAAAAGUUAUAUUUUUAUAUCCACGGCACGUUUGGGAAACACUGCAUUUGGAUACACUCGUUAACAUCUAAACAAGUGGAUACAAUGGGUGCGAUCUGGACUUCAGUCACCAGUAAACCCAACCCAGCAGAUACUUUGUAAAUAACACUUCCCUGUCAGCUGGCAGACUAUGGUAUUGUUCCUUCUGCUGACAGAGCACUUUACAGUAUCCUGUGUUUGAGUUUCUCUGAAGUGGAGGAUACCUUCCUUUUAUUUUUGACUUUAUCGCACACUAAGAUCUUCAGAUCAACAGUGAAGGAUGAACGGCCUGUCUCUCAGCGAGCUCUGCUGCCUGUUCUGCUGCCCGCCCUGCCCCGGCCGCAUCGCAGCCAAGCUGGCCUUCCUGCCCCCUGAGGCCACCUACGCCUUCCUGCCGGACCCCGAGGCAGGUCCAGCAACACCGGGGGUCGCAGGUACCCCCAGCCUGCGGGUGAGGAGCGGGGCGACAGUGGCUGGAGGCGGAGGGGCUGUAGAGGGGAAAUGGAAGCUCCACCUGACUGAGCGAGCAGAGUUCCAGUACUCACAGAGAGAGAUGGACAUGACGGAGGUGUUCCUCACUCGAUCCAGCAGGGGGAACAAAGUCGGCUGCAUGUACAUCCGCUGUGCUCCUAAUGCCAGAUUUACAGUGCUCUUCUCCCACGGUAACGCGGUGGACCUGGGCCAGAUGAGCAGCUUCUACAUCGGCCUCGGCACUCGCAUCAACUGCAACAUCUUUUCCUACGACUACUCAGGCUACGGUGUGAGCACUGGGAAGCCCUCUGAGAAGAACCUCUACGCAGACAUCGACGCUGCCUGGCACGCCCUGCGCACACGGUUUGGCAUCUGCCCAGAGAACAUCAUCCUGUACGGUCAGAGCAUUGGAACAGUCCCCACUGUGGACCUGGCAUCCCGGUAUGAGUGUGCUGCCGUGGUUCUGCACUCCCCUCUCACAUCUGGCAUGAGAGUGGCCUUCCCCGACACGAAGAAAACGUACUGCUUCGAUGCGUUCCCCAACAUUGAAAAAGUGUCCAAAAUCACGUCCCCGGUGCUCAUCAUCCACGGGACGGAGGACGAGGUCAUCGACUUCUCCCACGGCCUGGCUCUGUUCGAGCGCUGCCCCAAAGCGGUGGAGCCUCUGUGGGUGGAGGGGGCGGGACACAACGACAUCGAGCUGUACAGCCAGUAUCUGGAGCGCCUGCGCCGCUUCAUCGGACAGGAGCUGGCAGACUGCCUUCACACACACAUCCUGGUUCUGUGA